AACUAUCUUCUUCUCAACACACUCCACUCCAUCUCUAGUUUCUGUCUACCGCCUUCUGUUUCCCAAAAUGGCUUUUUCUUCUUCAAUGGUGAUUAAUGUCACAUUCCUCAUGUUUGUGCUCUUAAUGGGUACCUCCUCUGCUCAGCUUUCCACUAAUUUCUACUUCAAAACUUGUCCCAAAUUACUAAGUACUGUGAAAUCAGUGGUCAAUUCUGCUGUGUCGAAGGAAAAGCGAAUGGGUGCUUCUCUCCUUCGCCUCCAUUUCCAUGACUGCUUCGUCAAUGGUUGUGAUGGAUCAAUACUCUUAGAUGAUACUUCAUCUUUUAAAGGGGAGAAGACUGCACGUCCUAAUAAUGGAUCUGUAAGGGGAUACAAUGUAAUAGAUGAUAUCAAGUCUAAGGUGGAAAAAAUUUGCCCUGGUAUAGUCUCGUGUGCUGAUAUUGUUGCUAUCGCAGCUCGUGACUCCACUGUUUAUCUUGGAGGGCCUAGUUGGGAUGUCAAACUUGGACGCAGAGAUUCUAAAACUGCUAGUUUAGCCAAGGCAAAUAGUGGUGUAAUCCCACCUCCUACUUCUACCCUUAGUAACCUUAUCAAAAGAUUCAAAGCUAGAGGCCUCUCUGCCAAAGAUAUGGUUACUCUAUCUGGAUCACAUACAAUAGGGCAAGCAAGGUGUACAAGCUUCAGAAAUCGCAUAUAUAACGAGACUAAUAUUGAUAGCUCCUUUGCAAAGACAAGGCGACGGAGUUGCCCACGUGCUACCGGCUCAGGAGACAACAAUUUGGCACCUCUAGACCUUCAAACUCCCACUUUUUUUGACAACAAGUAUUACAAGAACUUGAUCAACCAAAAGGGCCUCCUCCACUCUGAUCAAAUAUUGCACAAUGGUGGAUCAACUGACUCCCUCGUCGAAAAAUACAGCACAAAUGCCAAAACCUUCUACUUUGAUUUUGCUGCAGCAAUGAUUAAGAUGGGAGAUAUUAGUCCCCUCACUGGUUCCAAAGGCGAGAUAAGGAAGAAUUGCAGGAAGCCUAAUUAAUUAAUGAGCAUUACUAUUCCCAACAAUCUCAAAAGUUAGAUUAACUUUUUAGACUUAAUGAUGUGCCAAGAAGAUGAUUAACACAUCAUUGGUCUAUAAAAUGGGUCUAAAAAUUAGAUGUGUGUAUCAUUAUCAUUUUUAUUAAUUAAUUAAGAGAUUUAAGUUAAGAUUCUUGUAUUAAUUUGAAAAAAUAAUUCCGAAGGCUUCUGUUUUUUGA